AUGGCGAAUAUACAGGGCGAUUUCAGCAUGUCAACCCCGGAGAUCUUGGAGUGCAACAUACGCCUAUGCGCUCGGGUCACCCGCAAUCUGACUGUUACGAAUGGUAUGUUUAACCCUGGCAUUUCUAACGACAUCGAGCUCGAAGGGGUUUCGGGCAAGUACGAGGCAGACCUAAAUAAGGGAAAAGUGGGCUUUUGCAGGAUGCUGGUGUGGGCGGGUAAAUACACGAGGGAAGCUUUGUUGAUUCCAGUGAACUUGUUUAUCGCUUCAGCCGCAGCGUUUAUCGGCAGCCAGAUGAAUAUUCAAAUAAGCGACUUAGUAGGCAUGCAUCAAAGGGGGGUGCUAUCAGAAAGUCUUGCACCACAAGACCAGAGCGAAGAUAUAGGCAGUAAGACAAGUAUCGCGCACUCAGACAGUUUUGUCAAGAAGCGAGAGGUAUCUAGGGCUUGA